UUCUUCUCCCCCAGUUCACGUUAAAAACACUUUUUAAAUAUGGCGUCGGAACCGGACAAAAGUGAAGAAAAUCCCAGGAAACUCAACGUUUCUAAAGAUGAAGAGGAUAAAAAAGUCGGACCUAUUUCAUUUGGUUUCAGUAAAACGUUAAAUAAAUUGAAAACGUCAAGCCAUAAUCGUGACGAGGCUGGCAAGGGAGAAGAGCGAGAUUAUUUAACCGGCGUCGAAGGGAAGGAACUGAAAAGCACCAAGCCAGUGGAGAAGGCUAAAGAGCUGAUAAUCCCCCUAAUCAAUAAGAACCGCUGGUACAGGCCGGAAGGCUCCAGAAAGGGCACCGGGGAGGAUGGCGACCUUCGACCCCCUCAGGAGCAGGAUUCCGUGGAGUCCCAGGCGGUCAAGGAGCUCAUCGAAGAGUCCCAGAGGCGGCAGGAGCAGUGGGAUAGGGGGGAGCAGGCGGACCCCAACCUGUCCAUCCCCCUGCUGAUGCAGAACCAGGUCCCGGGCGGAAUUGAGGAUGGAGACCAGGUCAAGGUUGACCUACGGCCUGAGUCGUCCACAGCAGCAGACUAUGACAGUGUUCCUGUUGAGGCCUAUGGGAUGGCCAUGCUGAAGGGGAUGGGCUGGAAGGAAGGAGAGGGCAUUGGCAGGACCUUCAAACAGGAUGUGAAGCCGAUCGAGAACCAGCUGCGUCCGAAGGGUCUGGGCCUGGGAGCCGAUCGCUCGGCCCUGAAGGACCUGGAGCCCAGCGGGCCCCGCCGGCCGCCUAAACCGGGCCAGGAGAAGGACAAGGACGAGGAGGCCUUGGUGCUUGGGCCCGGGGGCUGCGUCCUGGUGCAGUCUGGGGCCCACAAGGACCUCUACGGGAAGAUCGAAGGGGUGGAUCCAGACAACGCCCGGCUCAUGGUGAAGCUCAGCAUUGGUGGGAAGACUGUGACAGUCAGCCAGUAUGCCGUGCAAUUGGUUGGCCGCAAAGAGUAUGACAAGAACAGCAAGGACCUCAGUCGUCUCAGCAGAGCCCACAAGGAGAAGGAGAAGGAGAAGGAGAGAGAAAGGGAGAAGGAGAGAGAGCGGGAGAAGGAGAGAGCGGAGCCGAGGAGCAACGGGCAGGAGGAGAAGAGGAAGGAGAGGCAUGCGGACAGAGAGAGGGACGGAGGGAGGGAUAAUCUAAAGAGGAAGCACCAGGAGUGCAGCGGUGAAAGGGAAAAGGCCCUACCGGUGAAGGAGCCUCGUCUUCCCCCGCCCACCCCGUCCUGGCUCCAGAGAGACCUCAGAGUGCGGUUCAUUGACAAGACCUUCAAGGGGGGAAAGUACUACAACUCCAAGAUGAGAAUAGAGGAUGUUCUGACUCCAGACACCUGCGUGUGCCGCACCGAGGAGGGCAGGCUGCUAGAGGACGUGAAGCAGAGGAUGCUGGAGACGGUGGUUCCCAGGAAGGACUCCGACUUCAUCAUGGUGGUGACGGGGAAGCACAGGGGGCAGGUGGGCCGGAUCCUGCAGAGGGACAAGGAGAAGUGCCAGGCCCUGGUGCAGCUGGAGAGAGAGGAGGAGCGCGUCCACGCCCUGGACUACGACUCAGUCUGCCACUACGUGGGCGGCGUUGACAACUGAGGCUCCGCCCACCGCUACCCGGGCACCCUCGACAACCGAGGCCCCGCCCACCGCUACCCGGGCACCCUCGACAACCGAGGCCCCGCCCACCACCACUGCACACGCCGCCCCUUCUCCAUCUUAACUGUCCAUCCACGGAAUGGGAGGGGGGUUGGGGGUGGAACGGACGUUCUUUCCUACGCUCGUGCAACCAGCAGGGCCCUCCUUGUAUCUGUAUGCCCCCCCUCCCCCCACCCCCAGGUAAUACAGCUCCAGUGCCCUGCUGGUCUCUAUAGGCCCCCCCAGGUAAAAACGGCCACAGUAAAAGCAUAAUGAAUUGGAUGAGAAAGUCCCUUAGUAAUUAAGACCGUGGUGAACCGAUCGGAUUAGAGGAGAGGACUCUGAAGGGGGAGGAAAUGAUGUUCGAAAGUCUUUUUCUUUACAGAUGUGCAGUAUUGGGUGCUCCGUGAACGGAUCGAUGUCACCCAUUUUACUAAAACUUUACAGAGCUUUCAGUCAGCGACGAGAACAGGUUAACCACCCUGUUACGGUUGCGAAUGAUAUGAAAGUAAAAACUUUGCAAGGAAGGUACAGAUUUAAAAUUUUCCUGUCAACAAAUACACGGUUCUUGUUAAUGUGUUGUGCUGUUAAUUAUUUUAUAGUUAUUCCAUCAUGUGAGAGAUAUUUUUGGUUCAGAAUGCUUUUCCUCUUCAGUGAAAAGCUGAAAUGACAACAUCUGAAAUUUUGUUGUGUUCCUCGAAAAGGCUGUAUUUGACCAACAAGCUUACUACUGAAUAAAAUGGAUGCAUUCGUCUUGACCUCUAGUGGCCGGAGGACUGAAUUACAGAGAUAGAGUUUUGGGAUGGAAAUUGCAUGCACUGUGUGUCCAGGCAAGAACAGGUGAUAGGUGCGCUCUAUAUUAGGGCUUUCUUAAAGUUGAGCUCUCUUGCCAUAUACCUGCUCGUUCAGUCUCUCCGUAGAUCCUCUCCAGUCAUGAGGGGAGUAUACGGGAGGGGGGCUGGGCAUGCUGGUGUUGGUUGAGCUGGGCAUCAGUUGGUGCUGGUGUUGGUUGAGCUGGGCAUCAGUUGGUGCUGGUGUUGGUUGAGUGGGGGCAUCAGUUAUUGCUGGUGUCGGUUGAGCUGGGCAUCAGCUGGCACUGGUGUUGGUUGAGCUGGGCAUCAGUUGGUACUGGUGUUGGUUGAGCAGGGAAUCAGCUGAAGCAGGUUUUUAACAGGUGGAGCACUCUGACCAGACCAGGCUUCCCCCAGAAGCAGUUACACACACUCUCUCUCACACACACACACACAGUAUGUGGUCACACAGACAUCAUUUUCCUUGUAGCCUCUUAUUUUUGUAUUGUAUUUGUAACUUCAGGAGACCUGAUGUAAUAAUGUAAGAUUUCAUAUGGAUGUUAUUUAAUGUUUUUUUUAUUAUAAUAAAAUCAUUGAAAGACGAAA